GGGGAGCUUAAAUUCUGUUAACUUUCAAGAGUCAGAGUUGAAGAUGCUGAGGGUGUCAUUGGGAGAAGGUCAGGAAGGAGUCUAUCAGUGGGACAUGUGGAGAAGGUUGGAGGCAAAGUUAGGGAGUAGAGAUGCUUGUGGAGAGGAGAGACACAGUUGGACCAGGGAUGUUGGAGGUGAAGGAGAGGAUAACGGUGAGGUUGGUGAGUGAUGGAGGUGUGACCAGGGGACGAAUGAAGUCAGGUGGAAGUGGAGGACUCGAUGUGACAACACAGGUUUUUCAUGUGUGUUUCGCUCAACAAAUCUUCUGGUCGUUUUACAGUGUUUACAAAGAAUAACAGUCCAAGUGUUUUUAUCUUCUGGUAUCAAAUUUUGCAGAGGACGUUUGAAAAUCCUUUCCAGUUGUUGUCACUGUGUUUUAUUGUUGUGCCUCAUUUGGAUCCAAGAUGUUUUGUGUUGGAGGCGGACUGAAGCUGCUUGUCAGAGGUUUUGCGCUCUCUGUGCACUUCUCGUUUUUUUUAUUCGUUCAAAAGGUCAAGUUAAAAGUCAAGAUUAGCCAGAAGAAUGCGGAUUAAAGUUAGUUAUUCUUAAUCUGUCAAAUGAAAUUAUGUGAGGAAACUGCUGCGUGUUUGGGUCAAAACACAUCACACAUUUUGGGAAAAAGUUUCAUUCAUGUAUGUAACUUUGUUGUCUUUGAGAACUCAAAUAAUGGGAACGCAUGUUUGUUUUUCUGUCCUUGUGGGGACAUUGUGAGGUUUCUCCUGGCCAUCACCCUUUCCCCAGCCUCUGACCUGACUCUGAACCAAACCUUAACUCUGUUAUGAUAAACUACUUUUACAGACGUUGUAACCCUCUAAACCUUGCGAGGACAGGCCAAAAUGUCUUGUCAAGACUCGGUACUCACAAGUAUGGCAGAACAUGCCCACACACACACACACGCUCUCACUCUUGAGUGGCCCUGGGCAACACGUCCAGCGGUGCAGCUAUGCUAGCGGUGAGUAAACAAGCUUAGGCAGCUUCUUUGACAAGGUCUGGCUCUAUUCAGCGGCUCUGUUGAUAUUCCGCGGGUGAGUCGCUGCGGCAGCACAGCGUUUGUGUGCCGUUGCAGCACUGAGUGCUAAGUUGCAAAGUUUCCUCCCACUUUUACUGCAUUAAUAAUUCAGCCACCUCAGGAACUACGGUGGGUUGAGUAAAUAAUGUUGCGGCCGGACGCUCGAUAAGUAAACAACAGAGAGCUGCUCCACUCCAGGUAAACUGCCGGAUUACUGUGCUAAUACACCAUGUUGUUGUUGUUCAUGCAGAACUUUUUGGGUCUGCCUCGCAGGAUAUUCGCAGAGCUAUCACAUUAGGUGAUGUAUCAUUGGUUGCAGUGCAGUUUGGAAGGUCUGUUGAGACGCUCUGAAGUUUUGGUUCAAGCAAUGUUGCAUGUCGGAUAAACUUUAGCUUGAUGUGCUAAACCUGUAUCAGUAUAGUUGUAGAUGAGGCGCACAGCAGUGUGACGACUGUUGCCGUGCUGUUAGGAAACGGGCAUGGCUCCUAUUAAUCAUCAUUAAACAGCAAAUUCUACUAUGGAGAAAGUAGGACACAACAAGUGUGUCUUCAGUUGCGGAGAGGGAUGCCACGCGCUGCAGAGCAAACGUCAAAUAUUUAGUCAACUAACUUGUCGUGCACGUGACGUUAACAAACACGAAUCGUGUUUUACAUUCAGCAAUCAGACCAGAGCAAUAUGACACCAGGCAUCAAUCUUUAUUUUUAAACAUCUAGACAGACUGAUGCUAGUGGUUGGGCUGUGAGCAUCGAGUCUCAUUUGAAUGUGUCCCAUGUCUGCCCCUAACACUGAACACUAACACUUGGUUGUGAGCGCCCUCCACGAUGAAGAGCCCUCCGACGACCAAGUGAAGUGAUUCAAGUCCCUAAGAAGGAAAUGACGUGUCAUUGGCUGCCGUGCUGUUUUGUUUCCUGCAUAUCCAGUGUUGGAGACAACGUUUUGGAAAUGCCAGCGUUUCUGCAACCUCUUGCAUCGGUGCUGAUCACCUCACUUGGUUUGGUGAACCAGCGGUGAAGAAAUGGGCGGAGCCUAUGUUGCGGUGAUAGAUGUGUUAGAGGUAUGAGGAUGCUAACGUUAGCCUGGAUGCUAGCCCAAACCUACUGUUGAACAUCCAUGUUGUAUUGUUCAUGUUGUGGGACACGGUGGAGCAUUUGGCUCGCUGACGUGUGACACCAGAGAAAGUCAACAAAGGGAAGAGUGGUCCUACUCCCUGUCCCUGUUGUCCUGUCCAACAUUGUUGUGAAAUCAAGUCCUGUGGUCUCCUGGACAUCUCUCCACACUUCAUAUUCCCACUUGGUUUCAAGUCAGCUCAGGAGCUCCCUGGGUUUGAUCGGAUCAUUUCCAGUGGUGAACGGCCAGUGAGGAGGAUUGGGACACUGACACGUGACGCACAGAGCCCAGUGUUAGGAUGAGAAAUGGGACACAAAUCUGACUGCUGUGUAUAAUGUGCUUUUAAUGAAGAUUUGAACCAUUUGAAAGAGCGUUGCUGUACAUUAUGGACUGUGUGAUGCUUUAUCGUUGAAUGUGCUCAGACUGUCAUUGCAACGUGAACGUGUCCUAUUUUUGAGCUGUGAGCAGCUGGGAUGAGGGUCACCUCCUAAAGUCGGAGACCAUGGUGCUCUGUCAGGUGGUUGGAGAUGAGAUUCUAUACCAGGUGGAGGAGCACAGUAAUGUGGGAGUCUUCAGUAGUGAGGGAAGGAUGAAGGUAGAGAUGGAUGGCGCCUCCACGCUCUGGCAUCUUGCCAGGAUGUGUACUCUUUAGUGCCCGCUAAUGAGGCCUUAAGCUAGGUAAAAGCCCUGCAGCCACUGACCGGCAGGUGACCUUGGUGUACCCGCAGGAGGUCUGGGCCUCUUUGCUUGAACUGCUGCCCCAGCGAUCAGACGUGUCCAUAAACACGAGUACUACUGCUCCAAGAACAAUAAACAAAGGCUGCUGUUUACUGAAUAAAUAAGAGCAAAGAGAAGCGAAGGGACUUGAUGUUUAUUUGUCCAGUCAUCAGCUGCAUGAAUUUCUAAUACACCAGGUCUGGCCAACCUGCGGCUCCCGGGCCAUGACCAGCUCUUUCUCCAGUGUCAUGCCACUCUUCACCAAAUGAGCCGCCGAACUGGCUGCCAUUUUGGUCAAGUUGCUGUUGAGAUGAUGGUUUAUACAGGAAAUAAGAGGAAAAAGUGAGAGCCAUUCCAGCGAAACGGCGAAAUGUUCAAAGACUUUGACUUUCAUUUCACUUUGAAACAUAAACAAUAAACCUCGUUGACAUUCAACGGCAGCAGAGUCGCGGUCCUCAGACUUGGAGCGUCCUCAGAUCCACCAUCAACACCACUGACAGGACUCAGUUCCACGUUUGACUUUGUCCUUCCCUAAACUAAAGGUGUGUCAUGUGUUUCACCUGUGAGUCACUGUUGUGACGUCCGUUGAAUUCAGUGGAGUGAAGAUGAGACGCUCCAGUCUGCAGCGUGGCUCAGAGAAGACAAGUCAAAUAAAUGGCGCCCACAUUUCUAUCUACACCGCUUGAUAUUUCCAGGAGGAUCAGAGUAAAAUGGAUGGAUUUUAAAAAUGCGUGCACAAGAGACGUAUGCCGGACGUGAAGCAGCAACCUGGUGACACACAGGGAUGAGCUGUAACCGCUGUACUGAGUCACGUGAGCAGCUGCUCAGGUGACGCCUCACAGCCUGACGUGUUUGUAGCAUGUGGCUCUGUUCAGCAGCACAGUCAAACCAUGGGGCUCUGAGCCUCUGGUUGGUUGGCCACCCCUGUAAGACACUGUGUCCCAACGUUAUCCUUCGUUCCCGGUGGCAGUGAACGUGACUGGUGCUGCUCCAUUGAGGUGAUGCAGUUUCAUCCAGCUGGCAGUUUGGUGGUGUAUGACGUGUCGAUGGGAACCCGGAAGUAAAACGUGUUUUUCCCCAUCUCCGCAGUGUUCUGUCUGUCGCAGGUGUUGACAGUCUCAUGUUGGAUUUCUGCGCUCCUUGAUAAUCUGUCCUCGUCUCUUGUGUGGAUUAGUCCUGCGUAGCUGUGUGGGGAUGCAGAGGCCCCCUCACCUCCUGACUGUUGAUGCCUGCGCCUGGGUCAGCAGUCUCUGUCGCCUAGGAGGAAUAGUCCCCAGCGACUCCCUGGAGGUGCCGGGGCCAGCCGCCAUGUCGGUGACUGUUCACGAGAAUCGUAAAUCCCGCACAAGCACAGGCUCCAUGAACAUCUCGCUGUUCCACAAGCCGUCGCAUCCGGACAACGUCCUGACGCACUUGAACACCAUGAGGAAGCAGUGCAUGUUCACAGAUGUCACGCUGUGGGCCGGAGACCGCUCCUUCCCCUGUCACAGGGUCGUCUUGGCCGCCUGUAGCCGAUACUUCGAGGCCAUGUUCAGCGGAGGACUGCGAGAAAGUUUGGACAGUGAUGUCAACUUCAGAGACAGCAUACACCCCGAGGUCUUGGAGCUCCUUCUGGACUUCGCCUAUUCCUCCCGAGUCAUCAUUAACGAAGAGAAUGCUGAGUCACUGUUGGAGGCCGGCGACAUGCUGCAGUUCCACGACAUCCGAGACGCCGCCGCCGAGUUUUUGGAGAAGAACCUGCACUCCUCCAACUGCCUGGGGAUGAUGCUGCUGUCCGACGCCCAUCAGUGCAAGCGGCUCUACGAGCUGUCGUGGCGCAUGUGCCUGCUGCACUACGAGACGGUGAGAGAGUCGGAAGAUUUCUACAGCCUGACGAAGGAUAAGCUGCUGGAGCUGAUCCUCAGCGACGAGCUGGAGAUCGAGGAUGAGCAGGUGGUGUUCAACUCCAUGAUGCGGUGGGUUCGCUACGACCUGGAGGGUCGGCGACAUCAUCUGCCGGAGCUGCUGAAGGGCAUCCGACUGGCCCUGCUGCCCUCCGAGUGUCUGCUGGAGGCGGUGGCGUGCGAGGAGCUGGUGAUGGCAGACAAGAGGAGCAGGUCGAUCGUGGAGGAGGCCAUGCAGUGUAAGAAGAAGAUCCUUCAGAACGACGGCGUGGUGACGAGUCCAUGCGCUCGGCCGCGCAAAGCUGGCCACACGCUUCUGAUCCUGGGGGGCCAGACCUUCAUGUGCGACAAGAUCUAUCAGGUGGACCAUAAAGCGAAGGAGAUCAUCCCGAAGGCCGACCUGCCGAGUCCCAGGAAGGAGUUCAGCGCUUGUGCCAUCGGCUGUAAAGUCUAUGUGACGGGAGGACGAGGGUCAGAGAACGGUGUCUCCAAAGACGUCUGGAUCUACGACACAGUGCACGAGGAGUGGUCGAAGGGAGCGCCCAUGCUCAUCGCCAGGUUUGGUCACGGCUCAGCUGAGCUGGAGAACAGCCUGUAUGUGGUGGGGGGCCACACAGCCAUCGCCGGGGUCUUUCCUGCCUCUCCGUCUGUCUCGCUGAAGCAGGUGGAGCGAUACGACCCUGUCAGUAACAAGUGGACCAUGAUGGCGCCUCUUCGGGACGGUGUCAGCAACGCUGCGGUGGUCAGCGCCAAACUCAAGCUCUUUGUUUUCGGGGGGACGACUAUACACAGAGACAAGGCUUCAAAGGUCCAGUGCUACGACCCGGUGGGCAACCGCUGGAACAUCGCGGCCGAGUGCCCGCAGCCAUGGCGCUACACGGCGGCAGCUGUCCUGGGCAGUCAGAUCUUCAUCAUGGGCGGCGACACCGAGUUCACCGCCGCCUCCGCCUACCGCUUCGACUGCGAGACCAACCAGUGGACACGGGUGGGCGACAUGACCUCCAAGCGGAUGAGCUGCCACGCCGUCGCCUCCGGCAACAAACUGUACGUGGUGGGCGGCUACUUCGGGACGCAGCGGUGUAAAACGCUGGACUGCUACGACCCGACGUCGGACAGCUGGAACUCCAUCACCACGGUGCCUUACUCUCUGAUCCCCACCGCCUUCGUCAGCACAUGGAAGCACCUGCCUGCCUGAGAGGGGCCAGGUGACGCCGUCUGAACAGGCUUGAGACUUCUGGAGUCGAACCCGCGACCACACACCUUCAGUGUGAGAUUCACUCGCCGGCGUUGAUGGACGAGUCCCACAGGAUGUUUCGUGAGCCUGUUUCCGUCGACGCUUUCUUUUCUUCUGCAGACAUUCCGACUCUUCAACGCCAUUGAUCGGACCGCCACACAAUCUUCAGGUCCUCUGUGCGAGAGGCCUCUGGAACCUUGGAUCACAUUCGCCUUCUGACCCGCCUUAACUCUGGAAGGUCCUGCGUCCUUUGUUUAGUUUAGUGAGCUGCGACUCGGUCAGAUAAAACAUCUCGCUCCACAGGAAGCUCAUUUGUCUUCUACCAUUUGAACGGUGUUUCAGGCAGCUGAGACCUUCGGCUGCUCACGGCUCACAGCCCUAGUCAGGAUGAGGAUCAGCUCCUCUAAACCCCUAAAUUUCCACCGAGUUCAGAAGCAGUGUGGAGGCUGUGCAGCGAAGAGAAUCGCUCAGGAAGUCAGUGAAAAGCGCUGUGAGUCCUGGAAACUUUCAUAAUAAAACACAAUGUGAAGACAUGAUUCAUAUUGUACUGUGAAAGAGCAGUGCAAACUUGAUGUUAAAACCAGGGAACGUCACUGCGAAGAGGUCGAACGUCGUUCUUGACGUUCUUUAUGACACUCGUACUAAACUGCAUAAAGACAUGGCCUCUUUCAAUCGGCGAUGUACCACGGGAUUGGUGAUUCUCUUGUGGCUGAGUGUCCCGUUCCCAGUGGAAAUUGAAAACUCUGCUCCGCAUUAACGCAGCGUUCCCUUUGCCCCGUACUUGGUGGAAAUUCAGGGUCUUAAGCUCAUGGUUCUCGAGAGGAAAGGGUCGCGUGUCCAGGCUACAGGUCUUCCCCAUGUCUUGGGAUCUUGUUCAGGAGUGAGGGGAGUAUGGAGCCUGACUGACAGGUGGCUGCAGCGUCUUCAGUCAUGAGGACUCGGUAUCAUGGUGGAGGAAGAGCUGAGCCAGAAGACAAAGCUGUCCACUGACCGGUGGGUUUCUCCUCUCACCCGUGGUCUCCUGUUCUGGGCAGAGGCCCCAGGGCAGACCCAGGACCCGCCGGAGAGAAGGCGUGUUCCGGGAGGAGGCCCCGGGGCAGACCCAGGACACGCCGGAGAGAAGGCGUGUUCUGGGAGGAGGCCCCGGGGCAGACCCAGGACACGCCGGAGAGAAGCGUGUUCCGGGAGGAGGCCCCGGGGCAGACCUUGAACACGCCAGAGACAAGGCGUGUUCUGGGAGGAGGCCCUGGGGCAGACCCAGGACACGCCGGAGAGAAGGCGUCUCCUGGUUGACCUGGUGAGAGGAGCGUCCAGACCUCUUGACUUCGACUGCUGCCCCGGCCUGAUCAGACCCUGGCUAGUCAGGACCAGAGCCUCCGAAAAAGUGACUUAAUGAAAUGAUGAAAAACACUACAAGUGAGAAAAAUGUCAACAUCAAACCCUCAAAUGACUUUAAAAUGAGUUCUCUCUUCAGUCAGCUUGAUUGAAGUCGGUGUAACGGAUGGUUGAAUGACUUGAGAAGGAAGACGGAAGGAGAUAAACUUGUUUGUUUCUGUGGUCCGAACGGUCCAAACUACUGGCGCCACACUCGUGGUGCCGGACUUUUUCUGGACUUCAUGUGGUCUUUAGUUUCCCAGUGAUGUUUUUAUGACGACAAGCACAGACCCAGCGACACCAGCGUGUUGUUGACUGACAGGAUCACUCUCGAGUACUUGGACAGGAAGACUCGAUGCGGUGGCCAUGACGACCAUAAAGCGACACUUGCAUGUCAGACAACUGAUCUAUCCGGAGGUUCGGACGUUUCUUCAUCGUUGCCAUGACGACAUUCCGGGCUGCUGAAGUGAUGUCACGCUGCUGAGUUUUUUUUUUAUUCCACUUUUGAAAGAUGUGUAUAAAUGUUGGAUGUUUUUACCGUUGGAAAUAAAGUGAAUGGCUUUUUGAAUUGUGUUCGAAGAACACUGUCUCUGCUCUGUAGCUCAAGUGUUGCCAUGAACGUAGCACCGAGUGUCAUGUCUCAAACCGACUGCUGUGGGCCUGAAGACGGAGCCUCUUGUCUCAGGACAGGCCCCUCCACUCAAGAACUGUCACUCGAGAAGCCACACAAGACACGCGGCCCAUCUGCGCAAGGAGCCUGAGAUCAUGCGCCACAUGGUUGCUGUCAAGACGUCACCCAGAGACACCGUCCGGCUGCCCUUCAGUCACGUAUGUUGCAGUCUCUGCUCGUGUUUUUACCUUUCCUCUGUGGAUCUUGGGUGUCCUGAACCCUUCUCCUCUCCCCACCACCACUCUCUCUGUGUGGGGGCUUGUUUAUACUGCCUCAUGGGGGCCUAUUCACGACAACACACUAUCAUUGUGGGGACCUUUUGCCAGUCCCUAUGGGUCCACUUCAAAAUACUUGGGUCAUUAUAUUGGGUUUGGUUCCGAGUGUUGAUUCAGGUGAGCCAUGUGUUGUGGAGGGUGAGGUUGAGGAGGAGACGCUGGGAAUAGUAUUAUGUCAAUGAGAAACCUCACAAUGUCCCCACAGGGACAGCAGGGUUAUAACUACAAAAUAGCUCAGUUACUUUCACUGGGAUGUAGUGAAGGUGAAGUUUAGCCAUGUGUUGUGACAUUUCCGUGUGAUGCGCUCCCUGAACGCUAGGUGGCAUCAAGCGCGAGGUGUGCGACCGAAGAAGAAGAAGAAGAAGCUAAACGGCGGGU